UAGAGGUACUUCCGCUUUCUGACGGUCAAGGUCAAAAUGGCUGUGGAGAAAAUGAAACUAGAUGUAUGGAACGGUGAUUGGGGUUUACCCUCAAUUGAUCCCCACUGCCUUGCUGUUCUGGCAUAUUGCAAGUUUUCUGGCGUGCCAAUUGAGGUGACACAGACAGGGAAUCCAUGGAGGUCACCAACAGGGACUUUACCUGUUCUUCGCAAUCAGGAUGUUGUCUGCACUAAAGUUACAGACAUUUUUAGUUAUCUCAGAAAAGAGCACUGGGGAAGUGACUUUGAGCUGUCCACCAAACAGAGUGCGGAUGUGAUAGCUUUCUCUGCCAUGCUCGAGGAAAAACUGCUGCCAGCCUUGCUCCAUUUGUGGUGGAUGGAUGACAAGACAUUUGUUGAUGUGACAAGACCUUGGUACUCACGGGUCAUACCUUUUCCUCUCAAUUUCUUCCUUCCAAGAAGAACACAGAAAAAAGCUGAAAUGAGAGUAACACUGACCAAAGGGAAUGAAUUCAUUACAGAUGUUGAAACAGAAGCAAAGGUGUACAGGGAAGCAAAAGAAUGUUUAAAUAUUUUGUCAUACAAGCUCGGGACCAAAAACUACAUGUUUGGAAAUCUGCCUUCCUCUCUCGAUGCCUUGGUCUUUGGCUACCUUGCACCAUUGUUGAAAGCUCCUCUACCUAACAACCAGCUACAGAAUCACUUGAAGCAGUGUGAUAACCUGGUGGCAAUGUGCAAUGAGAUUCUCACCUCCUUUUUCCCAGCAAAUGUGAAAGUAUACGAGGAGCAGAUGCGGAAGGAGGAGGCUGAGAAGAAAAGCAGUGGAAGCAACGUUGACCACGCGGAAUUCCCCAACAGACGCCGGAACAUGAUCUUGGCUGCCAUAUUUGCCCUCACGGCGAUGGUUGGCUAUGCCCUCAGUAGUGGCAUGAUUGAGGUUCAGGUGUUUGAUGAGGAAAAACCAAAAGGACUGAAGAGUGUAAACAGUUCUAAGAAGUCGUCAGGUGGAGGGGCAGCUUUUGAAAAGUCUAACCCCAUGUUUGAGGGACAUAGGGAACCGGGUGGAGAGUAAUAUAUAUAUAAGGAUCACCAUUAGUUUAGCUGGUUAGUGAUGUUUUCUUUUUGCUUCGUUUUUUUAAAGUUGCAAAUGGUCAUAAUAUGAAGCUAUGCUCCACAUUUGCUCCUCUUAUUUCAUAGGGAUUUUGUCCGUCAUUAAUUUGGAUAUCAUUUUCAUAACAGUUUUCUUUCUUUUUGUAAUAACAAGAACGUAUUUUGGAGGCUUUGUUUAUUUCAUUUGAAGAACAAAUUGCAUUUUUUAAAGCAGAUAACAUAAAUUGACAGCUAUCAUUAAUUUAUUUCUGAAAAAGCACAGUAUGUUAGUAGUGUCUUAGUGCUAGUAUACAAGUGCAUGUUUUUCUACUUGUAUUUCAUUAUGAGUUACAUAAACUCUCGCACGUGUGUUCAAUUUUUCCAUUUUUUGUGAAGUGCAUAGAACACAUACACUGACCUCAGAUGACUUGUGUUUGUGAUGCAUGAACAUACAAGAUUUGUUUUUCGAUGAUGACAGCUAUACAAGUACUUGUUUGUAUAUAAAAACUCAUGAUUUUGAAAGCAUUAUUGCUUGGUAUUAAUAAAAUUUGUCUGUCUCUCUUUA